CGCUAUUCGGCUCAACAGCCCUUUAAGCGCCCGGGACUGAGCCGGAGGCAUUCCCAGCCUCCUGUACUUCAACCCAACUCUCUACCGUUUAACACCUAUCCAGCCACUCCAAUGUCAGCCCAAUCACCAGGUUUUAGCCCCUGGCAGAAUUCACCGCAGUAUACUUCUCCUGUACAUCAGUAUCCUCCUUAUUUUGGCCCGCAUGGGCUACCAACUCCAAACACGACAAAUGGCUCUCAAUUCCCUAGUCCUGCGUCAUCACAUGCUAGCCCUCAGUCUCAAGGAUAUUUUCCACCACAGUUAUCACCAUUCAUCAAUACCGAGAAUCCUCCGCAGAGCUAUUUUGAAAUCGGUCAUACGCCGUGCCGGGAAGAACGCUUCAAGCCACCUCAGUGUCAAUGUCCUCAUCGCGAUGAUGUGCCCUACAUUGCACCUCCAAUCGAACCAUGGAUGCAGGAACUCCAGGCCAUUGAUGGCCACAGGCCGCAAAAGCUAUCUGGAGAUCAAAUUGGUAUGCUCUUAGAUUCACAUAGAUUCGUCUUUGCUAACAAGAUCCAAGUAUGGCGGUCAGCUUGUUCUGUCGCGCGUCCGCUUCCUUCAACUUUCUUUGCCAACGACGAAAUCAGACCGCUCCCACCAAUAAGCACCCUCCAACCAGGCAUGUCUGUAUCGAAAUAUAUAUCAAAAGAAAACCAUAAAGAGCAGCAGAGUAAUAUUAGGCAAACCCCGGAGUGGCCACGCAGAAUGAACGAUCCCAUUUUCCAUGAAAUCACAAGUGACUGUGCACGCAUCUCCAUGGAGGAACUUGUCAGGCGUCGAGAACAAGUACUCAAGAAACAUACUUUCAAGACUUCAAGUAUCUUGGGAGAUGAUCAAAUGAUGUUCGAGGAUACACAAGCUAUUGAUCGACAAGUACAGCAAUUGGAAGCUGGCAAGGUCACCCCGAAGCACAGAAAUUCAAUUUCGGGCAAUCCGGCUCAUAGUCAGCAAUUUCGCAUAAACCAGGAUGCUGUUGCGAGGCAACACCAAAGAUCGAAAUCAUGGAACAAACAUAAUCCUCGCGAAGCCUAUAUAUCUCAUCAGCCACCGAGGGCUGAAUAUAAUAAUAUGCCCCACCCCAAGCAAUGCUAUGGGAAUAAACCAAAGCCGAGCUAUACCCUGUCGCCCCCGAAUAGCGCUGGUCGCAAGAGAGCGCGUUCUAUUGAAUCCCCGGAGGAUGAAUAUACGGCUUCUCGGCGUCAGGAAAUAGAGACACCCAAAAUCAAGAAGCGACGGGAGUCGCAAGACACUUCUGCAUACAGGUAUGUACAAGGAAACCCAUUGAAAUGUCAUCUGCUAACUUUUUAAGCCGUCGAUGGUAGUAUCAGUCGUUCUCGCGACAGUUUAUUUUCCUACAAAACAUCGACCAAUAAAAACAAACGCGCUUAUUUUUGGACAUUCGACGCCUAUUCUGACAAACUGAUUCCUGAUUAGUUACAGCCCUGGUUUACGGCAUCUAUUUUGGGACUUACUCUGCAUAAUGACGUACCUCAAGGGUCAGCCCUUACAGACCUCUGGAAGGUCUUUUCGUGGGUCUUAUAAUAGCUUUUGAAAUAUUUAAUACUGGAUUCUAUUUAUUAAUUUGGGUUCAUGGCCCUAAUUUAAACUAUGCUCGGGUCUUUCUCAUGUUUCUGCUUGCA